AUGGCCGUGCUGAGGAACAACACGGUGGUGACAAAAUUCAUCCUCCUGGGGUUUUCAGAUCAUCCUCCAAUGAAGGCUUUCCUCUUUGUGCUAUUUCUGGGAAUGUACCUCCUGACCUUCCUCUGGAACCUGAGCCUCAUCGUCCUUAUCCGGACGGACUCCCACCUACACAGUCCCAUGUACUUCUUCCUCGGUAACUUGUCCUUCCUGGACACCUGCUACGUGUCCUCCACGGCCCCCAAGAUGCUCUCUGACCUCAUCACUACGCAGAAAACCAUUUCCUUUCUCGGCUGUGCCACGCAGUACUUCGUCUUCUGCGGCAUGGGGCUGACUGAAUGCUUUCUCCUGGCAGCCAUGGCCUACGACCGCUACGCUGCCAUCUGCAGCCCGCUGCUCUACAUGGCCCUCAUGUCCCACGCGCUUUGUUUAAAGAUGGUGGCUGGUGCCUACGUGGGUGGAUUCCUUAGUUCUGUGAUUGAAACAUACUCUGUCUAUCACCACGAUUUCUGUGGACCCAACACGAUCAACCACUUCUUCUGUGAUCUUCCUCCGGUCUUGGCUCUGUCCUGCUCUGACACCUUCACCAGCCGUGUGGGGGUUGUGGUUGGAGUGCUCUCUGUCCUUGUGGUCCUCAUCUCUUACGGGCACAUUGUUGCUGCAGUCCUGAGGAUCAGCUCAGCUAAAGGUAGGACUAAAGCCUUCAGCACCUGCGCUUCUCACCUGACUGCUGUGACCCUCUUCUAUGGCUCGGGUCUCUUCACGUACAUGCGACCUAGCUCCAGCUACUCCCUAAACCGGGACAAAGUGGUAUCCGUAUUCUACGCUGUGGUGAUCCCCUUGGUGAACCCCAUCAUCUACAGUUUUAGGAAUAAGGAGAUUAAAAAUGCCCUGAGGAAAGCCAUGGAAAGGGACCGUGUGCUUUCUCCUGGGCACUCGUUUUUCUGCCCCUGA